GCCCAAUAUCAUUCGCCAUGGCUCCCAACAGAGGGCGCAAUCGCGCUUCUGAGUUCGAGGAAUACUUACAGCCUGGAGCGAAAGACUUUGAUCCUGAAGAGGAUGUUCCGAUAGACGACAGCGAUGCCGACUCUGGGAGCGACGCUGACGAAAACGACGGCCGAGAACACUACACGAGCGUCGGAAAGAGUAAACUGCGAAAACCGAAGGAAGUCGCGCUCGGCCCGCAAUAUCGAGGAGCAAAAGUCAGUCGGGUGGAGCUCGAAGCUGGCAGCGACGAGGGAGAUGAGUUUGAUAGCCCUGAAGAUGACAGCGAAGGAAGUGAGCUUGAAGCAGGCGAUUUCGAGGACAGCACAGAUGGGACAGAUCUCAGUGAUGAGGAUGGAGAAAAACCGCAACGGCAGUCGACUGCUACGAAAGCCAAGGAUGAUCCAGAUCAAGCAUAUGCCGCGAUUGCAAAAGCGACACAACGAACGGCGGUCUCUACCACCCUCUCAGAAGCUAGCAGACUUGACGCAGCAAAGGGGCGAGCGGUGAAGCGGCAACGCACGACAUUCGAUUCAUUCUUGAACACAAGGAUGAAGCUCCAGAAAUCCCUCAUAGCAACAAAUACUCUUGUUGGAACAUCUGCAGAACAGCUCAGCUCAGAGAGAGCCGAUGCGCAACAAGCGCUCGAUGCUGCCGAAACUGCGGCCUUCAAUUUGUGGAGCUCGUUGAAUACAUUUCGGGAGGACUUGAUUGCUGCGAGGAUAGGCAAAAAACGCAAGCGGGCCAUCUUCUCUGUCGAUAGCUCGACCGAAGAGCUUUGGGAACAUGUGCGCGCUCAGGAGGAAGAGAGUCGUCCAGCUCGGGACACCGUGUUGAAAAAGUGGUCGCAGAAGACACAAGGUCCAACCGCUCAGCCACAAACAGGUCGUCUGGCGCAGACAGCAGGGGCAACCAUCAUCGAUGUCAUUCAAGAGCAGCUCGCAGACACGAAUGUUGACCGCCUACUGAAGCGAGUACAUGCGCCGCGCUCUUGUGCGCCACUACAAGCGUCUCAACGGAAACCCGAGGACGACAAGAUCUAUGACGACGCCGAUUUUUAUGGACUUCUGCUCAAGGAACUGUUGGAACAAAAAAGUGCUGACUCUGUCGCCGCAUCAAAUAUCGACAUUGGCCUUCAGAUGCGGAGGGAGAACAAAACGAAGAAGAACGUGGAUACGAAGGCAAGCAAAGGCCGAAAGCUGAGAUAUACUGUUCACGAAAAAUUGCAGAAUUACAUGGCACCUGAGGAUAGGACGACUUGGGGAGAGAAGCAGUCGGAUGAGCUGUUCUCCAGCUUGUUUGGGCAGAAAGUGACGCUUGGCGAGCAUGAUGAGGACGAUGCAGACAUGGACGGCGAAGACGAUGCAAACACCGAUGGCAUCAUGCUCUUCGGCAGAUGAGAGAUGCCAUAGCGGCACCACUUUCUCGUAGAGAUGCCUAACUUGGAAGAGUUCUCCGAUGAUCCAGGCCCAGGAGCGACGAGCAAUUAUCACAGCAAUACCCAAGCAUCGAUGCAUCCAGGCACUGAAGAGACGAGCCAGGAUUGAUGAAGAUCAGCUUGAGUGGGAUUGCCUUGUUCAUCGAGCUACACCACCCGACAGUGACCUCAACAUUGUCCACUCAGGAUGUAUUGCCCGCAUGGAGAACGCGUCGGAUCUACAACCCAUCUACAGUCUCUAGGACCUCGAAUUGAACGUGCACAGAAAUCCGAGCGACGAUCAAGGACCGCAAAGGAGAGGAGCUAUAAUAGUCAACCGCCUGUCCUCUAUUAAAUAAUGUCCCUCAUGUGAGGCUGCUGCUGGCAUGACAAGUUCAACCUCUAGGAUAACUGACGCAACCAGUGAUGGCCGCAAGCGGAGGAGGCUGGAGGUAAAAUCGGCAAGCAAAGCCGCAGAUAGCCAAUCGUCAAGUGGCCACACGGAUGUUCUUCGCCACAAUGUUCAUUUCUCUCAUCAGUUUCAGUGGAAAAGUGGGCCUCAGGUGUCAAUUAUCUGACUUCGGGAAUUUUCACUGUGAAAGGAUCAAGCUUUGGGGCGAAUCCAACGCCACCUACAACGACGAAUAGUAAAAUUUCGCUGCUUAUGGAUAUGGCUUACGCACACAACAAUGAAUGGUUCAUGACGUGCAGAAGGCACAGGUUGACCUGCAGAGCCAUGGUCGAGCAUGCCGGUCUUGGCACCUUCAAUCCCGGACGAGGCCGAAAAUGUCAACGACAGGAUCCACUUCUCACGCCAUGACCAUCACGUUGGGAAGACCGGCCGUCUUGAACAAAUAUGCAUUUUCGAUCAUCAAAUACAAUAGGCAAUGUGCGCAAGCUGGUGUAACGACAAAGC